AUGCCAGUCACCAAUAUCAACUCACUUGCAGAGUUCCAUAAGGCUGUCAGCGGGGACAAGCCCGUUGUGGUCGAAUUCUGGGCGACUUGGGAUGGACCUUGCAGGGUUAUUAGGCCUAUCUUUGAGAGAAUCUCAGAACUCCCCACGUCGAGCACUAUCGGAUUCUACCAAGUCGAUGUGGAUGAACAGCCGGAUGCAGCUCAAGAGGCCGGCGUUCGUGCAAUGCCAACCUUCGCUGUUUACCAAGGGGGGGCAAAGGUUAAUGAGAUGGUUGGGGCUAAUCCUGGGGGGUUAGAGGAACUUGUCAAAGGUAUCAAGAUUGUCUAA